GAAAUGCUUUUGUGAGAACACUCACAUAUAAAGGCCCGCGCAAGGUGGCCCUUUUUCAUUUGCCCAUCCAACCAUUAAGAAGACCAUAAAAACAUUCUUCUUUUGAUUCCUUCUCUAUUACAUUCGACCAUCGAUUCUGCAAAUCGGAUAUAUUGCAGGACUCAGAUUGCAUAUAUCAACAGCUCAUAAGAAUAUUGGAUAUUUUAGAAUACCUGUAAAAUCAUCACAUCUAUUUAGAUUCAUCUAGCAUCCGGCAUCAUGUUCAAGGUCUCCGCACUUAUCAUUAUCUUCCUCUUUUCGUCGAAUCUCCUAUCCGUGGACUGUACGACAACCGAAAGCUACGAAGACAGCGUAGAAACUACAACAAGUGGCACCGUCUUCGUCCACCGGCGGAUCUCUCCUGGGUCUCCUAUGGGAAGUGGAGGGCGUUACUCCCUCAUCAACAGCCGCUUCAACCGACGACCAAAGAAGAAGAAUCUGGACCCUCACCAAUUGCUGGAGAUUUUGGGGAACUACUACAGUCCGGAAUGGAUGUCCAUCGACGAACCUCCGGCACUGGCCAACAAGGAUCCGGAUCGCGGGGCCACCUACGUUGUCCGGCAUGAUAACUGGCAACACGCGGACCUCAUCAAGCAACUCCAAGCCUCCAAUUUGAGUGUAGAAUUGGCCCAAAUGGGAGGAUCAAAAGUUCUUGAGGAACCAAUGUUUGUGAAGACUGUAGAGGCCUGGCUUUUGAAGAGAGCUUCGUGCCCUGUCAGGUAUGUUUGGGAAGACAUUGGAAACUUGUUUUGGCCUCGAUACAUCAGACGUGGAGAAUGUGCCAGUGUACCAGGUACCUGUUCCUGGCCUCCAGGCAUGCACUGUGUACCGUCUGGAACCACCACUUUGCAUGUUCUUCGCUGGCAGUGCAAGGUACCCAAAGGAAAGGGUCGUCGAAAAGCCUUCAAGCAUUCCAAAGACCAGAAGAGCAAAGAGUGGCCGCGCAAGAUCAACGAAGGCGAGCAACCAGCCAACCUCAAAUGCAGUUGGAUCCGCGUCCCUUACCCAAUCACAAAUGACUGCCUUUGCACCUGCUAAGGCUCUCAUCAUACGAAGCCCUUUUUUAUAUUGAAUGUCGAUGAAGGUCAAAUUCCAAAUAUUUAUUCGCUGUAUCAAAAUGGAGCAUGGUUGAAAAUACUUAACAACCAUGCGAUUUCAGGAAACCAAUUCCAAUUGAAUAACUAAAGAAAAGAAAUGGCACAUGGGCCUUAUUUACAAGCAAACUAAUACAAAGUUUUUCAAAGAUAGUACACGAAUGAGAUUCUUGGAAAGGAGGUGCGGAAUAGUGGAUUUUUAAAAUGGGAUCAGUGUACUUUGGUUUCUAUUUAUUGAUGUACAAAAUAUCGAAAUUUUAUGAAAAUUAAAACAUUUCAAUUUCGGUACAAACCGAAAAAAAAUCAUAAAACAAGUGAAUAUAUGUAAGUUUGUAGAAAUUUGGACAACACUCAUGUGCUUUUACUCGAAUAAUGUCAACAUAAAUUGUAAAUGAAAUGAAAAAAAAAGAUACAUUUUUAUAUUAAUUUGUUGUAAGUUACACUAUUAAAAAUUUUCAGCUGAUAUUGAUUGUAUGCUUUAUGUAAAACUGUUAACAUUCACUUUCUCAUUAUUUUGGUUUUUUUAUUUGUCCUAUAAAAGAAAGAUUAUUUGAUGGAAUUUUUAAAUGAUUUCUAAAGUUUUUAUUUAUCUUUGUGUAAAUGGACAAUUUCUUUUAAUUAACAACGAGUUUUAUAACAGUCAAAAAUGAAAGAAUCACUACUUAGUAGCACUAAAUACUUUAUUUUUAUCUAAGAUUCUUUAUAAACAUCUUUUCUAGGAAACAAAACAAGUUCAAUAAAUCGAAAUAUUAAUUUAAUUCCUUUUUAAAAGCCUUAUAUUGCUAAUGAAAUAAUAAUUAAAUAAUAAUUUUGAAAAAAAUGUGCAACUCAUUCCCUAAAGAAUCCCGUUGAAACAUAGAUUUGUUUAAAAUCUUACCUAUGAAAAACCGCAGAGAAAAAAUAUAUUUUCUGAAUCUUGAUUCGCAACCUAUAUGUUGCUGUGUACUUCAAAAGUACAAAGUUAAUAUGUAAAGGGCAGGAUCCUAUAGCAAAGUUUUCACCAAUGCUGGCCAUAUGGUGGAAAAAAUGUAUGAAUUUUUUUACUGCGAUUAUAUUUAUCUUUUUGAAAAAAAAAAUGAUUGCAAUAAAAUUUUGCAAAGAAUGAA